CGCGCCGCUGCCCCCCAAAGAGACCCUUUCUUCCAUUCGGGCAUAGCACCCAGAUCUGUAGAUACUCUGGGUGAGGGACUCUCCCCCGUUUUCUUUGUCCUUUUCCGAGAGUGGGACUGCAGGUCCGGCGCUCGUCAUGCCACCCACUUUCAGAUCUUCUCGCUCUGGGCGCCAAUUCGGCGAUGGCGCCAACCGUAACAGAACCGGUCAGAUCGAUCAUGAUGUGUUUGAGGGCCUCCCUGUACGACGAUGGACACGCCAAACUCAGACAAUCUCGCAAGUGCCCAAGACAGAAGCUGCAGAACCCGUUGUGCAGGGCCCUGGGGGGAAACCAACCAUCCCUGAGCACCCAAUGCCAAGGGACAGUCACCUUUUGGGUCCAAUGAGUCGAGCCCUCCUGCGAGCCGCCCGCGCCGGGUGCAUCUACAUCCGCCAGGCAUCGAAGGACUCCGAAGACGAAGAGAAAGAAGCGACCGAUGGAGAAGAACAACCAAUAAUCCAGAGCACUGAACGCAGCUUCGUCACGCGCAAAUGGACAGCGGUACCGAGACAUCUAGAAUCUUCCGAAAUCGAAUUUCUUGCCAAGCGACGACCGGGCUUGCCAUCGCUGUACGGUGCCGCCGGUACCUCAACUGAUGGGAACAAUGCUGCUGCGCCGAUGAGGCGGACCCGGUUCAAGAAGGUCGAUCCAGCGACCGGGAACAUCUCGAUUUACGAAGCCUGGGUGCCGGAAGGACACAAAAUCGAGGGAGAGAUCACCGAGGGAGCUCCAGUUGUAGCCGAUAAUAGCGCUGUCACAGUUACCCCCGAGGCGCCUGCGCCAGGUACGGUCAUUGAGGGGGUUGGAGUUGUCAACGCCGAGGGCGUGGUGGUUGCAGAUACAACCUCUGCGGCGGUGUCGACUCCUCCCAAAAGACGGCCGCCGCCCCCCAAGCGUAAGGCGAAAGGCGUGGGUAAGGGACGGAGAAAGAAGGUCAUGUUUGCUCCUGGUGAUGGCGCGGAUGCUUCCUUGGUCCAUGAUGCCAAUUCCAGCGGUCUCGAAGGCGCAGCAGAGUAUGUGAAGGAUGAGGACACGGACCCAUCACGGAUGUCGGUAGAUCAAAAUGGCCAGGAGGAUGACGAUGAGGAAGGCGAGGAAGGGGACGAGAGCGAUGAGGGUGACGAAUCGAUGCUUGAUGCAAAGACUCCGGAAACUCCGCUUCCGCGUCCCAGUACUGAGCCGCCGGCCGACUCAGUGCCUGUGUCUGCACCUGCUCCUACACCUGCUCCUGUCCCUGCCCCUGCUGCGGCAACUGAACCGGCCGCAACAACUGCACCAGACACUACGGAAGCUGCCGUGCCUACCCCCGAGGUUUCGUCGGCAGAAGCUCCAGAAACCCCUGCACAACCCGUCGUGUCGCAAACUGAGCCACCAACUACCGAACCUCCCGCAGAGGUGCCUGCUAGCCUGCCCGAACCAGCAGUUCCUGAGAAGCCUAGUGAGGUACGAACCCCUAUGGAGGAUGUGGAGAUGACCGAAGCCGCUCCACUGCCUGAACCUGAAGCUGUGGUAUCUGCUCCUCCUCAGCAAAUGCCAGCUAUGCAGCAGCCGGAACCAGUCCCGGAAAGCGCUGAAACUGCUCCUAUCCUACCACACCAGGAGGCUCCCCAGGCUUCAGUUACAGAAGCAUCCCCAGUCGCGCCAGCUGCGGAGCAGGCUGUCGAGGAAGCGCCCGUAGAGAAGUCUCUGGAACUGUCUCAGACGGGCCAGGAUAUGGCCCAGACGACAACUCAGGAUGAUCCGAUGAUGGAUAUAAUCAUGGAGGAUUUUGCACCCCUUCCUGAAACUGCACACGACCAGCUCCCACAUGAACAACCAGUCGAGCAGGCUGUUCCUCAGCAAGCUGCUCCUGAGCAAGCCCAACCCCAGCCUAGUGAGGUUGCUGUAGAGGAUCAAGAUAUCGAUCUCCUCGGUACUUUGGAAGCGAGUCUGGGCCAUGCACCGAGCGAAGAACAGGCUGGCGAUCAAUUAAUAGACGCCGAGGAGGCGGCAGAUGUGCAGAGUCACAUCGAGCAGCCCACUGUCACAGAAACAGCCGAGCCCCAGGUGGAUACAGCAACAGAGGGCAUCACAGGAGCCACAGAAGCGGCCACUGAACCGGCUGUAAUGGAACAGGGCGAGCAGGUUGCAGAACCAUCAACCGAACAGCACAGAGAGCAAGGCUCUGAAGCGCCUGUGCCACAGCCUAUUGAACAGGCUCCAGAGGCUCCAGAAGCUCCAGCAGAACAGGUGGAAGAGCCGACAGGAGAGCCACUUCCAGAGCAACCAGUGCAGUCUGAACUACCUGUUGAGUCUGAACACCUUGCGCAGCCUGAGCAGCCUGAGCAGCCUGCAGAGCCUGCAGAGCCUGAACAGCCACGCCCUGCAGAGUUUGAACAAUCCGUGCAGUCAGAGCAGCCAGCACAGCCUGUGCAACAAGAACAGCCCAUGGAGCAGACAACAGCACAGGUCCUGGAGGAGGCCCCAGCCCAGGAGAUGGCCCCAACUACCGAUAAUGCACUUGAGCAGCAGAGCGAGCAGCCGCCUGUCGAGCAACCAUCAGAAUCACAGGCCGAGCAACUACCAGAGGCGCCAGAAGCCCCUGUUCCAGUCACUACAGAGGAGCCAGCUCCCCAGGUGGAAGAAGCAGCAGCUCCACCUCAGCAGCCAGAGGAACCCCAACCACCGAAAGAAGUCACGCCACCUGCAUUGACUACACCGGAGGACGUACAGCAGCAGGCAGAGCCGGAAUCGGCACCACAGCCCGAAGCCGAAGAACCUCAAGAACCUAUCACCGAAAAGGUUCUUGCCCCCACCGAUUCGGCGCCCAUUCCUGAGCGUAUCCCCGAGCAAAACCUCGAGGACGCAAACCCCCAGGAGGCAGAGCAACCAGCCGACUCUAAUGCAGCUUAGUCUCAUAUGGAGUCCAUCCUUACCAGACAUACUUGACAAACUUCUUCCCUGGAAACAGAAAUCUUGUUUUCAGUUCGGGCGCAGCGAGGAACGGUGCUAUGGCGCGAUAGCCGGAGAGGCUUGGGUUACGUGAAUUGAAUAUUGCUGUGCACAGCCAUGCCAGCGUUGGGUUUUCUUUUGUUGUAUUAUAGGGUCUUCAUUCAGAUCAUCAGGUGCAGCGUAUAACACGGUACAUAUGACUCGCUUUGGCUUUUUCGUCCGUUCUAUAAUCAACAGUGGAAGUCUAGUGUCUUACUAUUCCACCCCCUACUACUCGUGGUCUACCCUCCAUCCUCCGUUAUACCCCUCCCUC